AUGGAGCAAGCAGAAGAAUUAAAAAUGGGAAAUCUCACCAGGAUAACCAAUUUUUUCCUUUUGGGUUUGUCCAACCACCCCAAGCUGGAAGUACUUCUUUUCUGCAUAUUUCUAGUUAUUUAUAUAAUCAGUCUGAUGGGAAAUGUGCUCAUCAUGAUUCUUACAGCAGACCCAUUUCUUUGCACUCCCAUGUAUUACUUUCUUCGUGUCUUAUCUUUCCUGGAUAUUUGCUAUACAUCUGUCACUAUCCCAAAGAUGUUGAUUAAUUUCCUAUCAGAGGACAAAUACAUUUCCUAUGUGGGCUGUGCUGCCCAAAUGUACUUCCUGCUCUUCCUAGGGGCGUCUGAGUGCUUCCUUCUGGCAGCCAUGGCAUAUGACCGCUAUGUGGCCAUAUGCAACCCGCUGAGGUAUUCUGCUAUUAUGAACAGAAAGGUUUGCCUUUCAUUAACACUUCUCUCCUGGUUCAGUGGUAACAUGGUGUCCCUAACACAGACAGCUUGGGUAUUCACAUUGCCAUUUUGUGGGUCAAAUCAGAUUAAUUAUUUCUUCUGUGAUAUUCCCCCACUGAUUAAGCUUUCUUGCAUCAACACUUCUGUGUAUGAAAUGCAGCUAUUUACAGCUACCAUAUUGGUCAUCUUCACCCCCUUUUCUCUCAUCCUCUUGUCCUACAUCUAUAUCAUCUCCACCAUCCUGAAGAUGCCAUCAGCUGAUGGCAGAUAUAAAACCUUCUCCACCUGCUCCUCACAUCUCAUGGUGGUGACAUUAUACUAUGGGAGUGGAAGUCUGAUUUACUUAAGACCUAAAUCCACUAACUCUCCAGACAGCAGCAAACUCCUGGCUCUAAUAUACACAACUGCAACCCCCAUGUUGAAUCCCAUGAUCUACAGCCUGAGGAAUAAAGAUGUAAAAGGGGCCUUAAGGCGAAUCGGGUGA